GCCCAGGACAGGCGGUGAAGCUGGCUUUGGACUGAGGUGCAGUGUAGAGUUGUCCCGGAAGGCCUGCUGAAGGUUGCUGUCCUGUGAGUUGGGCUUGGUGGGGAAUCUUAUAGGCAGAGGGGUGAGGGAUUAGGUCUGUCUGGCAAUGCUUUGACACAACAGGUACCCAGUAAGUAAAAAAACCCGAGCCAGGAGAGUCAAGGGCAGGGCUCUGGCGGGCAAAAAAAGAUAAGUUGAGAGGUGGCAGGAAACACCAAUUCUGGGAGCUAACAUAAAAGUUCUCUUGAAGCGGAAGAGAAACCCCGGUUUUAGCCCUAAGUCGCAAGUAUGCGCAGUAAUGUACUGCCCGUUUAAAGGUCCGCCUUUCUUAGCCUAGGUUCCACCCCGUGGGCCUUGCUGAGAAAGGAUGGAGGGAGGGUUAAAGGCGGGACAAAAGUUGAUUGAACGUUCUUUUGACCAAUCACCUUGCGGGAUAUUUGGCCUAUAAUGAAAGGAGCUCAGAACAAAAAGGAGGGCCCACCUCCCUGGCCAUGAAAACCAGGCAGGGGUGUGGUAGGCAGCGAAACCACGCCUCCUCGGCUCAGCCACGCCCUUCAUUCUUGCACUGCCUCACCCCAGGGAGCAGAUCCGAUUGGCUGGGCGACCUCAAAAGGCGGGGCCGCGCACCGUCACAGUGGGAAUAAGCUAGCGGUGUGGGAGUGGGGGCAAGUGGGAGGGAGAGCUGCUGGGCGGGUAAAGGCCAAUGCUGCUCCGGGCAGCCUCUCCCAGAAAAAGUCAUCUUCUCUCGAACCUUUAAAACCCCUGCUUCCCAGAGCACCUCAAGGGACGAAGGCUGCCUCCUCUGUCUUUUUCCUCCUUGCCACAGUCCCAUUUGCUAUCAUGGGGCUGUACCAAGUGAGACGGAGCAGGGGGAGCAGGUGGUGACUGGUCCGCCGGUUCCCAGCUGCUGCCCGCUCACGAGCACAUUUCUAGCACGAUCGUAGCCGAGUACCAAGCAGCCUCUCCAGCCGUCCCUGGCGCCGUCCCAGGGCUGGCGGCACAUUUCCUGCGGGGUGCGCAAUGGCCGCGCCCCCUCCCGCGGCGGACGGCUCCUUUGGUACGCGCAGUCCGAGGUCGCCAUGGAUCGGAUGAAGAAGAUCAAACGGCAGCUGUCAAUGACACUCCGAGGGGGCCGAAGUGUAGACAAGACCAACAGUGCCCCUGAACAGAUAGGCCUGGAUGAGAGUGGCGGUGGUGGCGGCAGUGACCUUGGAGAGGCCCCCACCCGCGCUGCCCCAGGGGAGCCCUGCUCUGGGCGGGGACUACUCAGCUCUGCACCAGAGAUUGUACACGAGGACUUGAAGAUGGGGUCUGACUUGAAGAUGGGAUCUGAUGGGGAAAGUGACCAGGCUUCAGCCACGUCCUCGGAUGAGGUGCAGUCACCAGUGAGGGUGCGCAUGCGCAACCAUCCUCCUCGCAAGAUCUCCACUGAGGACAUCAACAAGCGCCUCUCACUACCAGCUGACAUCCGGCUGCCCGAGGGCUACCUUGAGAAGCUGACCCUCAAUAGCCCCAUCUUUGACAAGCCCCUCAGCCGCCGCCUCCGCCGUGUCAGCUUGUCUGAGAUUGGCUUUGGGAAACUGGAGACCUACAUCAAGCUGGACAAGCUGGGGGAGGGUACCUAUGCCACCGUUUACAAAGGCAAAAGCAAGCUCACAGACAACCUUGUGGCACUCAAGGAGAUCAGACUGGAACAUGAAGAGGGAGCACCCUGCACCGCCAUCCGAGAAGUGUCCCUGCUUAAGGACCUCAAACAUGCCAACAUCGUCACUCUACAUGACAUUAUCCACACGGAGAAGUCCCUCACCCUUGUCUUUGAGUACCUGGAUAAGGACCUGAAGCAGUACCUGGAUGACUGUGGGAACAUCAUCAACAUGCACAACGUGAAACUGUUCCUGUUCCAGCUGCUCCGUGGCCUGGCCUACUGCCACCGGCAGAAGGUGCUACACCGAGACCUCAAGCCCCAGAACUUACUCAUCAACGAGAGAGGAGAGCUCAAACUGGCUGAUUUUGGUCUGGCCCGGGCCAAGUCAAUUCCAACGAAGACCUACUCCAAUGAGGUGGUGACCCUGUGGUACCGGCCCCCCGACAUCCUGCUCGGGUCCACAGACUACUCCACCCAGAUUGACAUGUGGGGCGUGGGCUGCAUAUUCUACGAGAUGGCCACAGGCCGGCCCCUCUUCCCAGGCUCCACAGUGGAGGAGCAGCUGCACUUCAUCUUCCGCAUCUUGGGAACCCCAACUGAGGAGACAUGGCCGGGCAUCCUGUCCAAUGAAGAGUUCAAGACACACAACUACCCCAAGUACCGUGCCGAGGCCCUUUUGAGCCAUGCACCACGACUUGAUAGCGAUGGGGCUGAUCUCCUCACCAAGCUGCUGCAGUUUGAAGGUCGCAAUCGGAUCUCUGCAGAGGACGCCAUGAAACACCCAUUCUUCCUCAGUCUGGGGGAGCGGAUCCACAAACUUCCUGACACUACUUCCAUAUUUGCACUAAAGGAGAUCCAGCUACAAAAGGAGGCCAACCUUCGCUCUUCGUCGAUGCCUGACUCAGGCAGGCCAGCUUUCCGUGUGGUGGACACCGAGUUCUAAGCCACAGACCCAGGCCCCAGCAGGCAGCAGCUGGAGGGAUGCCACACCCCUCACAGGGCAGCCCCCAACUGCAUCCUCCCUUGCUUGCUGCCUGCCCACCUGCCUGAUCCAUGCUCGCCUGCCCACGUGUUCCCUGCUGCCUGUCCAAACAUCCAUUGGCCUGUCUGCUGGGUGCUAACAAAGCUCUCAUCGCUCCUUCACCUGGUCUGUCUGUCUCUCUCUCUGUCUUAGUAGUAGCCGGCGGACAGCAUGGCCGUGCCAGCCUCCCACACUGAGGCCAGGCCUAUCGCCCUCCCUAUUAUACCCUCCCCCAGGACCACUACCCCAUGGCCAGCUAGGGGUCCGGCCAGCCCAGGCUCUGGAUCUCAACUCAGACAAGAUGUGGCAAUGCCUUGGGUUUGAGGUUCCACCUGCCUGCUUUCCUGCCUGCCCCACCUGCCUCAUGUUGUGUGGGCCUUUUUUUGUUUCAUUCAUUGUUGUUUUUUUAAUUAUUUUAAAUGAGGUUUUCAUUUUUUAAAUGCAAUAUCUCUGUGUACAGACUGGCUGGGCCCCACCCCCCGUGGCCCUCCCAAAGUAUUUUGUGCAAUGAAGCCCUGAUCCCAGCCUUUCCAAGGCAGGGACACAGCCCCUAUUCAGAACCCUGACCAUCCCCAGAUCCUGGGGUUGGCUAAGGGCAAGCAUGCCUCGACCACUCGCCUUCCUACACACACCCCCUCCCCACCACCUGCCAUCCCAGGCUGCAGGGGUACCUGAGGACUACCGGAGACUCUGGGAGAUGGACAAGUGGGGGCCCCCACUCUUUCCCUCCUGCAGUUCCAUAGCUGGGGCCUCCUUCCGUCUCAGGGUCUCCCCAGCCUAGCCCUCUUGCCCCCAUCCCACUCGGUGCUGUUGAGUAGGGGCCCUGCCAGGAACUGACCAACUCAGCGAGGAGCCAUAGUGUGUAUGUGUACACAGGCAGGGGCAGGCAUGUGGGGGGAGUUGUGCCCAGGUGUUAACCCCUAACCCCUGGGGAGGGUGAGGCAGGGCAGGGACAGUCUCUGGGGUCAGUCUCAGAUGGGUGGUUACCUCCCCUUCCUCCACUCUAAACCCUGGGGCCUUCAAAUGGGGUGGGAGGGCAUGGGUGGGGGCCCUCCUAGUGGGGUUUGGGAGGUUGGGUUCCUGAAUGCACCAUAAUCGCUGUAUGAAACAUUAAAAAGUCUGAAGUGAAAAA